AUGGGGAAUAUUUGGAUAAUAUUGGGCUUUCUCAUCAAACUAAUAAGUAUAAUUGUCGCGGAUGAUUUCAUUCCAAUGAGCUAUCCGGAGGGUUUGGCCUUCGAAGAGACCGCAGUCCCAAUACCAAUAAAGCAAGUGAAGCACAUAUUAAUGGCAAUUGUAGGAGAGUCUGCUUCAGCGGGCGCAGAAUUUUAUGCAAUGAGUAUCAAAAACGUUUUCAAUAUGCCGAAGUUAGCACUUGUGGUGACAGCGAAGCUCAAUAGCACAGCAGACUACUCAGUGCUGGGCACUAUAGUGAAAUAUUCAGUUGAGGGUCGUAUUCCAGGUACAUCGCUGAGGAAUAUCCUAAAUUUUGAAAAGUCUUCAACAAACCUGGAAUUUUAUAAAACAUCCAAGAAUAUGGAAUAUGAAUAUUUGAAGAAAAUGUUGACUGCAGACAGAGCGCCCGGAGUCGCAGAGAUGGUGCCCGAGCUGCAAAAUCUUUUAACCACAGACGUUAUUGAGAAGCUAGGAGUCGACAUUAAAGUGAAGAAUUUUGUAGGCCUACACUUCUGGAAUAAAAAAACUGCCUUAGACUUUUCCAAACUGAGCGAUGUGUUCGCAAAACUCAAAGAUUUAUGGAAGGAUAAUUUCUUUUGCAUUCUGACCUACGGCCCAGACUUGGAGGCAUUGGAAGCGGUUGGUCAGAAUGUUAGCACUAUAAUAACAGUCGAUCCAAUGGAUCAUAAACAUUACAACAUUCCACCACGCUAUGACGAAAAUUAUGCAAUUAUAUUCAAUAUUAUUCUUUGGUUUAUGGUUGCGUUCAGUUUAUCUAUAUAUGCUAUUAUUUUGGCUUUGAUGAAUAUGGAUCCCGGAAGGAACUCGAUAAUCUAUCGAAUGACCGCAACGCGUUCAAAGAAAGAUAUUUAA